AUGCCGAUGCUGUGCUCUCGGACCCGAGCAUGGGCUGCACUCACAUUAUUCCACCGGAGGUUACCGCUGCUCACUUCACGUAACACCUGCUGCUUCUACCGCUGCAGGAGCCCCACCAUCAAGCCCCUGUCACAACCGGAGAAAGCAAGAGCCAUCUCGGCUUUGACCCCCGCAGGGUCUUUCUGUAACAUCGCAAACAUGUCCACGGAAAAUUCAUCUUCUGCGGCCAUGUCUCAGAGGAUGGUGUGGGUGGACCUGGAGGUGAGUGUUAGCGGGGAUGUGGGGCUAAUGCUGACGUAUGCUUAUGCCUGCAGUGUCACCUGCAGAGCUGCUCAUGCUGUCUAA